AUGAUGCAAGCCACCGGGGUCUUGCCACCUUCAGCGGGCUUCCCGAACACUGGGCAGCCGGCGUUCAGAGUGAUGAGGCCCCGGACAGUGGGCCACGACGCUCAGGAAGCGAGGACGAACAUGACGCAAUUGCAUGCUCAGAUGUCGCAAGCACAGCAAGAAGAGUUUCCUUUGCCACCUUUGCCGAACAUGCCAGACGGGGCUGCUACGCCACCGAGGCCUGCAACAUAUCCCGUUCGGGAUAUGCGUCCCAGGAGCCCGCGUGUCUCCCGGCCAAUGACACCAACCGGGACCCGUACUCCAACGGCACCUAUUCCACCUGGCGUGCCACCAGGAAUGCCAGGCCAGGCGCCCAUGGGCCUUCCACCAGCAAUGCCCCCCACAGACACCAUGCCGGGAGCCCGGACACCACCGCGAACAGGCGCCCGCACACCCGUCAACGGCUUCGGCGAGGUUCACCGAAACAGCUGCGCCAUACAGCCUGGUACGCCUUGCCGCGUGUUGACUCCACGUGGCGGCACCACACCAAUCACAGGAGCCGGCCCAGGCACCGCUCCCCUCGCUCCUGGUCCUUGCGGACCAUGUGGGCCUUGCGGACCUUGUGGACCUUGUGGGCCUGGAAUGCCCGGAUUUAGUGGGCCUUGCGGGCCUUGCCCUGGCACUGCCACGACCCCUGGCCGGUACGCAAGCAGCACCACGCCACGGGGUGGAACAACUCCACGAGGUAACCUUACUCCACGCGGGAACCUUACUCCACGUGGAAGGCCGGGAAGCGCAACGCCCCGCGGCAGACCAGGUGGGGUCACCCCACCCAUCUCAAACUUGCCCGGAGGCCGGUACCAGGAAUAUGGGCAAGCAGAGGAUGAUGGCAUCAUUGUGAAUGGAAGUUGGGCGCAGCCGGGUCCAGGACCGCAGGAAGGCUUCUUCGUGCCGGAGCCUCCUGUACCUUUGGGGCCAACCGCACUCCCAUGGUUGCCGUCGAGACGGCCAGCAAACCCAGACUUUAAGAUGCUGGAGAAGGCCGACUUUCUGGCUAAGCUCAACGAAGUGUGCGAUGCAUUCCAGCCGGAAGAGGUGCCCAUCAUAGGCAUCACAGGGUUGUCGCCGAUGAGCGAGUCGGCACCAUCACCGCAGAACACCUUCAAGCUUGCAGUGGCGCAGAGUUCCCUCAGCACGUUGCUUGAGGAGGCCAUGUGGAGUGGACCCAUCCGCCACAUGGCCAUUUGCGUCAUGGCCCGAAGAGUUAUCAUGCUAGCAGAUUCCAUACGCAGCAAUCCAGAGACUCCUGGUGGCAAGGAGUUGAUGGUGGCUCUCCUAACGGCGGUCAAGCAGAUGUGCGCUGCCAACACAAAUGAUGUUGCUGUGAGCGAUGGCGAGAGGUUCAGUGGGCGCGUUGUUCUGCUCCUUGGGUCUGCGAGCUGCAUGCCUGAGCAGCUCCUCAAGAAAUGCGGAGAGCGGUAUCGACAGAUCGACCAGCACUGCAAGAUCCUGGCUUUGUCGAUGGGUGCAGAGCCUGCUGGAUCCGCUCAGCUGGGCAAGGCAAUGGCCAUUGCGGUGAAUGCCUGGGGUGAUGCGGAGGAGAAGUAUGGCCCACCCGGCACGGCAGGUGGAGCCGGACGACCGGAGUUGAUGGUCCACCUCUUUGGAAGUGCAGGCUUCCAUGCUUGGGCCAAGACACUGCGGAUUUGGUAUGAGCAAUCCUUCUACCCAGACCAGCGGCGGCUGAACGGAAGAGUGCCGACUAUGGACAAAGUCCUCAAGGGUGUGGUUCUGGAUUCAGCUCCAGGUGACUCUGGCAACAAAAUGCUUGGAGCCUUUCCUCUUGUACAAGGAGACGCCGCAUUGCUCUCUGCCAUGAAUGGAUAUGGAGCAGACGGGACAGAGCUAUCAGAGGUCGCAAAGCUACAGGCCUCGCAAUCUUCUAUGAGGGAGCUGACGAAGAAGAACGGCCCGCUGUGGGAGUACUACGAAGAACUGAUGCGUCAGGAGCAAGGUCUCCAGAUGAUGGUUCAUCAACAUGAGCCGGGAGUUCCGCUUUGCUUCAUCUAUUCAAGCUCGGACAGGAUAGCACCAGCGGCUCAGAUCGAGCGCUACAUCGAUGAGUGCAGAAUGCGGCUCGACCAGCUCGAAAGCCAGGCCCCUGAUCCUCGGCAACUUUGCUUCGAGAAUUCUGGCCACGUGGCCCAUCGCACUGGGGCGACUGAAGAAGAGUACUGGAAGAUGGUCCAUGACUUCUGGAGACAGGCCCUGUUUUGCUGA